AGAAAGAGAGAGAGGGGGAAGUGGGAGAGAGACGGAGAGAGAAGGAGCACAUUUGGCUCCCUCAACUUCACCGGCAACACACACACACACACACACACACACACACACACUCAUCGCAGUUGCCGUCGCCCCAGGGAGACACGAGUUCAGAGGGUCAUGCACGUGCACGCGGAUGCGUCCAGGGACCAGGCGCGAGCAGCAUGAGGAGGUGGCUGGUGGAGACCCCCAAGGGAGGCGCGAGCCCUGUCGUUGACCCUCAGGCCGACGUGGCCCACGCUCGGGAAGCUGCGUGGACUCCGGCCUGACGGAGCCCGGCCCCCGCACUCCUCUGCCCAUGUGGCCUUUGCGAAGGGGUUGCGUCCUCCGGUGGCUGGGACCGAGGUCGUGCAGGAGGACCACGGUACUCGUCGCCUUCCUCUGGUUCGCGCUCUGGGCUCUCCUCAACAGCCUGCUCUUCAUGCACCGGACAAUCUUCUCUGACUUCUGCACGGACGACAGGAGCAAGCGGAUCCUCCAGAGGCUGUGUGGUGAGUACCAGCAGGGCAUUCUCACUGGAGACCUGUGUGAGGACCUCUGUGUCAACAGGAUGUUGGAGUACAAGCGCUGCCUCUAUUAUGAAAAAGGCAAGAAAGUAAUGGAGGCAAAGUGGCAUGGUAUGCCUGUGGUCCUGAAGUCCAAGCUGGAGAACUUCUCCUCCUAUGAAGGCUUUGGUCCAUUGGAAUACCAAGAUGCCUCUGAGCUAUCCUCCAUGGAUGUGGUCUUCUAUGCAACACUGGAGAUUAAAAACUCCCUGGGGCUAGAGGUGAGGAAUGCCACUGGACCCCGGCUGUGGAGCCAAGAACUGCACCAGAGGAGCCAGCCGUACUCCCGGGCCGAGAUUGCCUCCCUGUGGGCCCUGCUCCAACAAGAGGAGUACAUCUUCUUCAAGGCAUUACAGGACUUUAGCCAACAUGUGGUGAAGGUUCUGGGCUCCUGUGGGCACUUCUAUGCUGUGGAGCACUUGGUGGCCGGCCAUGCCUGGAAUCAGAACCUCUUUUCACUGGAAGACCUCCUGGGCCCACCAGAUGAGGUGGUGGAUGGAUGGGUAGGUGGGCAUGGCCACAAAGCUGAAAGGGACAUGGUGAACCGCAUUGCCCUUAGCUUCCUGGACAUGGUCAGCCACUUUGAAAAUGACUUCUCCCACCACCUUCACCUCUGUGACAUCAAACCAGAGAACUUUGCCAUCAGGAAAGACCUCACAGUUGUAGCUAUUGAUGUGGACAUGGCAUUCUUUGAGCCCAAAAUGCAAGACAUCCUCGAGCAGAACUGUACCCACGAUGAUGACUGCAACUUUUUUGACUGCGUUUCCAAGUGCGACUUGAAGAGAAACAAGUGUGGCUCUAAACGUGUAAACAGCAAUUUACAGGUGAUAUGUGACAAGAUCUUCAGGCGCUGGUUCUCACCCACACUGCUGGGUGCCGGAGCAGAGCUCCCCCUGCAGGUUGAACUGCAGCAUGCAGUGCAGGAGUGCGUGGAGACUGCGAGUGGCGAGGACACCGAGCGGAGCGGGGCCAUCUGGCGCCGCCUCCUCUCUGUGCUCACACAGCUCCUCGAGGAUGGAUCAGCACAGAAAACAGGACGGGGAGACACACAGGGACAUCCCCACUCCGCCCUGAAUUUCUAAUACUUUGCACCAAACCCACUCUUUUGUAUCUCCAAUUACUGAGCAAUUUUUUAAUUAUUAUAGUAGGAUAAUGCUGAGAUACAUAUUACAUGAAACAUCACUUUUUGAACUGGCAUUUACACUAAUUAAUUGAAUUAUUUGGACUAACUUAUUACAAGACAGACUGCUGCAAGGAGAUUUCCACAUGAAGGUCAGAUUUAGGAUUACAAGACACACUGCUGUUUAAAAUGUUGGGACAUUCUGGUGUGUCUAAAUGGAUGCGGAGUAAUAAUAAAUGCGGAACGUGUGAAGCGUAGAAUGGAAUAGGUCUAACGUACAUUCUUUUAACAGUGUGAUGAAGAAUGCAUAUCUAGACAAUAGGUUUACUGUGUUCUUUCAGUCUCUGGAAAAUUUUCACUGAACUUUCCGUUCAUCAGCAAGCAUUUCUUCCACGUGCAAGGAGCCAGGACGUUAAAGUGCCUUCUCACUUUCCCAGGCUGUACUGUACCCCCUGCCAAAUGUUUUAUUAAUCACCUCAUUCCAAGAUGUUUAUGCACAUAUAUUAAUUUGGUGUCAUGAAAUGAAGGCAGAGAGAAAGGAAAACAUGCCAAGAGUACAAAACACGGUUCACAUCAUUCAUUUCAGGUUAAGAAAAUUGCUCACACUGGUGUAAAACGAGGGCUUUAGGCCCAAAGAACCACACAGUUAAAGUAUAACCUUACAGUCCAUGUUAUUUUUAUUUAUAUACAGAAACCGAAGAUCAUCUCUCACUUCCAUUUUGAACCUUAGUACAGGAAAAUACUGGUAAAAAUAAUAUAAAUUUUCAUAAUAAAUAGCCUGCAAACUACAUGUAGUUGAGGACAAAUAUUCAAGGCAAGAAAUGAUUAAAAAAAAAAAAAGCCAAAAACUACUUCCACCAGCACAUAGCGUUUAACAGAAUCUUUAUGUUAUGCCAUAUUUUUGGCAUUGCAACAGGUCUUUGUAUGCCAGCUGGUUGAUUAGAGUAACUCUUAACAAGCACUACACAUAAUUACAUAUUUGGUUUGAGAAUUAACAAAAGUAGCGUACUGAUGCAUAUGAUUAUUCAGCCCAUGUCAAUUUAGCAUAUACAUUUUUUAAUCUAAAGGUUUGGAAUGUUGGCUCAGAUACUAAUAAUUACAUCUAUACAUUUUUUUUAAAUAUACCAACUGGGAUUUGUAAGUCUUUGUGAUCAAUAAAAUGCUCUUUUGUUAGAAACGUGUUUCCGGAAUGUUCUGUUGGACAUGUGCAUGCAUUCAUGUCUUUGCCAAGUCUUUUAAAGGGAGGUAAAUAAGUUUUUUGCACACACUACGCUGUGCCAUAGAGCUCUGCGCACCUGGAUCAGUGCCUCAACUCGUGUAGCUUGUCACCUCCAUUCGUGUACCUGUUCUUUCUGUGACAUGUUGUCCAUGCUGGACACGUUCAUGGAAGCCAGGUGAAGUUUGCAUUUCAUCACAAGAUCAUAGAUUUUAGCCAAAACUAGCAAAAGACUAAACAUGACACAGAAGCAAGAGGGUUGGGGUGAAAGGAAAUGUUUUUGGAGCACGCCGAGGUUCUAGGGCGAUUGCAACGUCUCGUUCACGAAUGGACUCCAGUUCAGUUCUUCUCCUGCUAUCCUUUACAUAGGUUCCCGGGGGUCGCUGCACACUACAGUUUCCAUGACAACGAAAUUCUGGUUGCGUUGUGCCCCCGAGGGAAGAAGGCCGCCAAGUGCAGCGGGAGAGAUGCCUCGAAGCAGAGCACAUUCCAGUUUUCACGCUUAGCGAAGGUCGGCCACCUUUCCGCUUCUUAAAUUACCUUCCAAUCAAUCAGCAAUCCCGACUUUCAAGUUAAAGUGCCGUUUUGUCCGACUAAUGAAUUUUGUUUAGCGGAAAUUUUCAUAGCUCGCGGCAAUCUGCAGCAGAUUUGUGUGGAAGUCACAGGCGACCUUUGCUUCGUCUACUGGAGACCCUCGAGACCUCAGAGGUCAUCAUCAUGGAAGGGAAAAAACAAAGCCAUCUCAAAUGUCUUUUUAAUGCUUCCUUCCCUAAUGCAAACACAAGUAUUAUUAUUAUUCCAUACAGUCAUGUGUCUGUUAACAAUUUUCUUCACAUUUUACUAAGAAUCCAAAGUCACAAGUAACCAGUA